CCUCCAGCUCAGACAGCUUCAGGCCGAGAAACUACAUCUGCAUUCGCAUUUUCUUGGAGUUGGUUCAAGCAACGCCAAUUCCCUUGUCCCGUGAUGCGGCGCCAGCGACUGCCAAAGGCGCGAUCUCGAUCAAAAGUCGGACAACCAAGGACUCUUAUCGAGAGCGUCACCAAAGCUUGAAGAGUUGGUCUUGCGAUCUGUGCCUGUUCUUGUCCUUUCCUCCAACGAUCGCCCUCUAGCCAAGAAGCGGGCUCCUUUCCAAAGCGCCGAAUAGCUGUCCACCAUACAUACCGUCGCUCAGGCCAAGAAGUUCGGUGCAGCCACAGACAUCAUCGAGAUUUGAGUGCCAGAGGCAGGAUCAAGGGCACGCAACCCUUUCGCUAGGCAUGUCAUGGAGUGCCUCCCUUCAGAGGCUGCGGAAACUUGAACCAUCCAUCCAGCACAUCUGUUCUCCCAAUACCAAAGCACGCCAUUCCUCAUAGAUAUUCCCAGCCGCAGAUCUCGUAUUCGACACGGGAGCAGCCAAACUGUCGAGUCGGCUCCAUGCCAGUGAUGCUGGUCCCAAACGCUUCCCGCUCCAUCGGUAAGGCACCCUGGAGGCGCGCUGACACCUUAGCCAGAACAUCCCAAACAUCGACCCACCCCCAGGUUUUGGCGCCUUUGCUCGAGCUUCCUAGCCUUCCUGAGUGGUGCCCGCGUGUCCAGGGUUGACGCAGGAUGAAAUCAUGGCCUUGUGCGCGUUAUCGACCUGUUUUCCAAUGUCGAUCCUUGAAUGCCAUGCCCCAAGAUGCAAAAGGGAUGAUAACUUUAACAGUAUGGUCCGCAUCGUGGCUUACGAGAUUCCAGGUUUGUUCAAGCACUUUCAUACUUCUUCGUCCUGUCCUCUUCAGUCUGCUGUUGGUCGUUGAACUUCAUGCCUUCUGUCCUCUGAGCGUCUUCUGAACAAUUAAACGACGAACCUUUCUCGCGCUGCCCUACUCGUGUUUGGCUGUCGCUCGUCAAAAAUGUCGGUCUCGGAUCAAUCCACUAUAGCCAUGGAGGCACAAAACGAAAAGGAGAACCAUCAGAUUCAGCCCCCGGGAGCGACAGAAAAGCAUUUGGGUGUCUCCGGCCCAGAGUUAGCAGGAGAGAAUCUCGAAGGAGGCCAUCCCAAGCGUGCGGAUGGCAAGAUCGAGCUCACCGAAGAAGACUGCUACGAUAAACUGGGGUACUCUUUCCCAGGAUGGAAGAAGUGGAUGAUCUUGGUCAUCAUUCUUUUGAUUCAGACCUCGAUGAACCUCAACGCCAGUAUCUACGCCAACGGCGUCGACGGCCUUGCAGAGAAAUACAGCAUCUCGAAGCAAAAGGCGCGAGUUGGGCAGAUGAUCUUUCUCAUCUGCUACGCCUUUGGCUGCGAACUGUGGGCGCCCUGGUCUGAGGAACUUGGCCGCUGGCCAACACAGCAGCUAUCUCUGUUUCUCGUCAAUCUCUGGCAAUUACCCGCAGCGCUCGCCCCUAACUUCGGGUCUAUCGUUGUCGCCAGAGCACUCGCUGGCCUUUCCACAGCAGGGGGCUCUGUCACGUUGGGAGUCAUCGCAGACCUAUACCAGCCCGAGGAUUCUGGGUUCCAGUAUGCGGUUGCUUUUGUCGUGCUGUCGUCUGUGGGCGGUGCACCGGUAGGCGCAGUGAUCGGCGGCUUCGUAGGCCAAUACCUCUCUCUGCCCUGGAUCUUUUGGAUGCAGCUCUGCAUCGGCGGCGCCGUGCAAGUCAUUCACUUUUUCCUUGUCCCCGAGACUCGCGCAACCAUCCUUUUGGACCGCGAGGCCAAGAAACGGCGCAAGAAUGGCGAAACCAACAUCUAUGGACCAGACGAAUUGAAGAAGCCGCGUUUUCCCAUGAAGGAAUUUGUACGCAUUUGGAUGAGACCGUUCCAGAUGUUUGUCACGGAACCGAUUGUGCUCUGCCUCAGCUUGCUUAGUGGGUUUAGUGAUGCAUUGUUGUUUACUUUUUUGGAGGCGUUCACGCCUGUGUUUAAACAAUGGGGUUUCAAGCCAUACCAGGUUGGGUUGGCUUUUAUUUCGUCACUUGUCGGAUAUGUGCUCGCAUAUCUGACAUAUCUCCCUGUCAUUCGACAUCAUAACAAGAUCCGCGCCGACGACCCGAACAAAUUGUCCCCCGAAUCUCGUCUGUGGUGGUUACUUUUCUUGGCACCUCUCGAGACGAUUGGACUCUUCGGCUUUGCGUGGACGUCGCUCGGACCAGACUACGGCAUUCCGUGGAUUGCGCCCAUGAUCUUCACCGUCCUAAUUGCCAUGGCGAACUACGGGAUAUACAAGAGCUCGAUCGACUACAUGAUCGCCGCCUACGGGCCUUACGCCGCUUCUGCGACUGGUGGCAACGAUCUCGCAAGAGACUUCCUCGCGGGCAUAGCUGCCUUGUACAGUACACCAUUCUACGAAAACAUCUCCAAGAAAUACACCCUCGAAUACCCCUCGACCAUCCUGGCCUGCCUGUCCGUCGUGGUCAUCGCCCCGAUCUACCUCUUCUACUGGAAGGGCGCGUGGUUCCGCGACCGCAGCAAGUUCGCCAAGGAGCUCAAUCUCGGCCGGCAGGGCGCCGUCGAGAGGCGCCGGAGCACCAUGCACAUGGGCGGCAAGGCUUCCAUGGCAGGCGCGGGAGGCGAGAAGGCGAGGCAUGUCGAAAAUGUCUGAUCUUUAUCACCAUCUCCCUACUUACUUAUCUAUCGCAUCUAUUCAUCUAUCCAUUGAUGGAACGACUAUAACGAGUGGACGAUUACCUUCUUUCAAUUAAUGAGACGAAGAAAAGAGAACGAGAAUGCGAGAGUCCGAAAGACAAGCAGGGAUAAGACUAAGAAUUAGGAAGCGGAAGCGAGCGACGAAGACGAAGACGAAGACGAAGACGGGAUUCCAGGAGAUUUCGGGACCUUUUGAGACGUCGUGAAACUGUUUUUGUAUUUUUUAAUCCAUGUGCUCUGUACUUUUAGCCACAAAGUCUCGUAUCUG